AUGAAGGGAUAUCUGGAGGCAAUGCGAGCUUAUGAUAGAGCCUUGAUUUCUGAGAAACCUAAUAACGAUGACACAUACAAUAUCCAUUAUAACCAAACUAGACUGUUGCUUAAAAUCUAUACUGAUUAUGUGAACGUCGAUGGUUAUAUCAACCUGCUUCAAUAUGUUAAUUUAGAUGGAAUUGAUUCCGUAGAAACCUUACUGGUGACCAUUGACGCUAUUAUCAAAAGGUUUGAAACUGUUGUAGAGAGUUUCCCAGAGGAAGUUGGAUGGGAUUUGCUAUUCAACCUAUUAAUAUCGUAUUCUACCUAUGUGGAAUCUCAGACUAAUAUCCCAGGCGAGACUCUAAUCAACAUUGUAACAGGGUUCAUUUCGCAUUUCCAUCACAUCAUGAGAUUAGAGAAUGAGCUAUUGGAGAGUGUAGAUAUGGCAAAUUUGAACGAACAGGAAGAGGAGGACGAUGUUAGUUCUUAUCGACCAGAUAAUUUAGCUGAACAAUCUCAAGUAGAUCUUCGCACCGGUACUGGCAUCAAGACCAGAGGUGCUGAGAACGAGGAUUACGGGUUGGCCCUAUCUACUGAAACUUUUGACAAGGAAACUGUCGUUGACACUGUUACUCUAGGCUACAAAUUUGUAUAUGAGAUAAUGGCAAAUCAGCUUGAAUCCGAGAAUACUGCUCCCGGUAAGAUAAUCAAUGUUGCACAGAAGAACUACUUGGAAGAAUUGUUGGUAAAGUUCAUCAACCAAUUGGAUGAUAUGGUAGUAACUCUAAAAAUAGGCCAAUCUGACGUCCAGGAAUUAGUGAUAGCGAAAAGGUCAAUUGAAAGUCUGAAACUUUUGUAUCAAGGAGAUCUUCACAUGUUUCUAGAUACCUUGGGAACGACUGAUGAAGAUUCGAUGAUGAGCAAUGUUGAGCUUUUAGAUAUGGCAAUAAAUACUUUCUCCACUGAGAACAGUUGGCAAAUUCGAACGUAUCUAUCAAGGACAUUGGGUAAAUUACAAACGAUACUUGCCGAAAGACAAUCCAACAUUAUUAGUGGUAAAACCAAGAACAAAGACAACGAGUUAAGCCCAAUCGUUUUCAGUUUAUGCGAUGUCAUGAUCAACAGAGCGGAUAAUGAGCUUUCCAGGUGUCUACUAAAGCAAACGGAAUUGAACCAGCUGCAGGGACAAUCGCACCCGGAAGAGGAUAUUGUUAAGACCAUCGAAUUAUUACAACAGAAUGCAAAGACCCUGUUAGUGAAUGCGAAAUCCAUCGCCCAUAGGUCUUGCGGCUUCAGUGAAUACAUCACUGACAAGUUGAAAAGAAACUACAUCUAUGGACAAGCUUCCAUAAGGUUAGACAUCAUAGAGUCUCCACGGACUAGAAAAAUACCAGAGGACUUAGAUGAUCAACCUUCAUAUCGAGCUCUCUGUAUUCCUUAG